AUGCUCUGUGAUGAAGGUGUGGUUAGACUUUUAGUUGUCGAUCAAGGUCUACUGACGAAGGAAGUGGUUGGUGUUGCCAAGGAUUGGAAUUUUAUGGUCAUCCCGUCACCACCUCGGGGGGAGGAACUCCGUGGAUGGGGUGAACGAGGCCAUCGAGAUCUUCAUGCUGUGCUUCGUGGUGUGCUUUGGAGCCUGGGUAAGACUCCUACGAGGAACGAGUUCAUACGUUUGCUGUCCCGUGCAACAGCUGUGGUUAAUACUACUCCGUACGUCGACUCUUCACCACUCUCUCCAGCUAUCGUUUGUCGUGGUCAUACGAGAACUCCAUCAGAUCCGUUUGCCUUGCAGGAGUCUCGUGAGAUUAAGGAUGCUGUUCUAGAAGGGUUAGAACCACCAAGUUGGUGGGACGAUAUGACCGCUGAUGCCUAUAUGAGUGAAGUUCAAGAUGGUAAAGAUAUAACCCUUCGAGAGUUGGCUGAUGUUUGGUGGUUGCGUCGACGUGCUGUUCGUGAGAAGUUGUUGUCUCGUAAUGCUCGUCAUGCUGGUCGUGGGUUAAAGGUUGGUUGUAAGGCAUAUCGUUGGAGGCCUAUGAUCGGUCAGUUUGGUAAACUUAAUACUGGUUGGGAACCAUGCACUAUUCUGGCUGCCCCAACGGAUAGUACAAGGAAGGUUAAACUUGAAGAUGGCAAGGAAACUAUUGAGUCUGUUCUGAAUCUACGUGCUGGUCCUAGUGACUAG